AUGGAUGCCGAAUGUUAUUCUCUCUCCGAUGUCCUGGCCAUUGCCAGUGUUCAUCCCUUCUACUCUGACGUUGUCUAUCCUCCUACUCGUGAGGAGUUGCCCUCUCUUCUCACCAAGGCAAGGGACUCGGGCAAUGGCGAAUUGUUAUCAUUUCCUCUAACCCACAAAGAGCAACUAUAUUCACAAAUCGCACGCCUCACCCUCGAUAAAGACCCGCGCAAUGGCUACCGACUUGGCACAUACAUCAGCACAACGGGUGGAGGUUCAGGAGGACCGCCGAUGGUCUUUGCGACUGAUUCAAUUGAAACUCGUAGGCAGCGCGCUGCAUUUGGUUCAUUGAUGCAAACCAGCGGGGUUCUGAGUCCCGGAGACUGGAUAUGCACAAUGCACACAGCAGGGCAUCUCUACCGAGCCCUUGACCUCAUGACAGAAGUGUUUGAAGCCUCCGGCGCCACAGUGCUCUGCGCAGGAAACGAAAUGCCCCUCGACAAGGUGGUUCUGACGAUUACCGAAUUCGGCGUCAACGCCGUCGCCGGCGAUGCAGGGCAGUUGGUCCAGCUGGCGCAAUACGUUGCCGGACUGCCCCACACGCAAAAGCACACGCUGCAGACUCAGAUCAAUAAAGCGCUGUACACCUCGGAGCCCAUGACACCCGCACAACGCAGCUUCCUGAAAUCCGUCUUCUCCAAUGUCGCCAUCUCCUCCGUUAUUGGCAGUGCAGAGGCCGGCCCGUGGGGUGUUUCAACAGGUGAGAUGACCGAGAGCGUGUCGCAGCACAAUUACGAAGACUUUUUAUAUGACGAUCGUCUCAUGCAUCUGGAAAUUCUGCCCUCCUCUAUUCUGGACCCUGGCCGCACAGAGAAGACACCGACUGCUCCCGUUCCGGACGGUGAAAAGGGCCUCUUGGUCCAGACCUCCCUACAGCGUCUGCGUAACCCUCUUGUGCGCUACGUUUGCGGCGAUGUUGCCUCCUUUCACCCCCUCCCCGCAUCCAUCCAGUCCCGACUAACGCCCGAGGAUGCAUCGCACCUCCGUGUCGCGCGCGUCUACGGCCGUGACCGAAACAUCAGUUUCGACUGGUAUGGGGAAUACUUUGAAUUCCCGGUCGUGCAGCGCUUGUUCCAGACCGAGUCCUGGGGCAUUCUGCAGUACCAGGUCAUCCGGCGGUAUCGCGAGCCGGACCCGCAGAAGAUUAGCGUUACCCAGCGGGGCUUUCCAAAUGACCCCAUUUUCAACCAGCUUCGCAGGCUAGCCAAGCAGUCGCCGGGCGUGUUAUUCCACGAUGAAUAUGGUGUUGAUGCAAGAUAUAGCGACUUGAUCCGUGAUGUGAUCCACCUGCGGGAGAUCUUACGAGGGCAUCUCCCGAGUGCUUCAUUCGACGAGCAGGGUUGUCUGCGAGAGGAUGCCAAAUCGAUUGCGUUUCUGGCCUAUACAACGGGGCUGAAUGCGGACGAGGCACUCUACUUUCUGAAAAAGACCAAAGCAGCCUAUAUUUUGACCGAGAAGAGAACGCUCGAAAUGGCUACGACAUUUACAGAUCAUGCCCGAAACGAGGGCCAAAGGGCGACUUUGAUCACAAUCAGCAGAGCGGAUCCCGCCACAGCGACCAUCUCCAGCUCGACAGAGUUCGAGAUCAACCAGGAGCUGACCUUUCCAGAAACAGCUGGCUGCCUGAUUCUAUUCACAUCCGGCACAACCGGGCCCCCAAAGGGUGUUGUUCUCCCCCGGAAAAUGUUCCACUACGAAGAAGAUAUAACACCCGCAACGCUCUAUCUCGCAUCCUGUCCCCCGCACUGGAUAGGCGGAACAGGACUGAUUGACAGUGUGCUUAUCGGUGAAAACCUGCAUAUGUUAAAGAGUGAAGCCCCUCCUGCCCGGUUUUGGGAAGUGCUGAGGGAAGGAAGAGCCACAGAAAUGGCCAUAUCCCCGACGAUGCUGAGACGUUUAAUGGAGUACUACCAGGAAAAUAUCAGCCAUCUUGCUGCUGAACAACGGAAUGAAUAUAUCAACGGGGCGAAGAAACUGGAACGGGUAAUUGUGAGCGGCUCGAUGCUGAGUCCGUUUACUUGGCGCUUCUUUGCUGAUUUGACCGGUAUGCCCAUUAUCAACGGUUACGGGAGUACAGAGAUGGGUGGGGGUGUCAUUAUCAACCCCCCUGGUGCGGCCUAUAAGCAGGGCUAUAUUGGUAAAGUCAUCCCGGGGAGAACAGUAAAGCUGUCCCACGGUGACCAUGGGGAAGUCCUCGUCAAAAGCCCAAUCAGAUUCUCUCAUUACAUCGGCGAUGAAGCAGCCACUCGUGCCGCCUUUGACGAGGAGGGAUUCUACAAAACGGGCGAUCAAGCCCACCGCGUCGGUGAUGAUUACUAUUUCGACGGAAGGAUUUCAUCCGACUUUGUUCGCUUCCACGAAUACACGAUAUCCAUUCCCGAGCUAGAAAGCCAACUCCUGGAUCUCUCAUAUAUCACCGACGCGUACGUCCUUCCGGUCAAAGACCACGGAGCUGGCGGGUUAGUAGCCGCUCUUGUGCGCCUUCAAAAGCAAGAGGGUGAAAGCACUACCCUGAAGCAGAUACGCGAUGACCUCGCUGCGACUAAUCUGCCGUCGUACAAGCUGCCUACCCUCUUGCGGGUUCUCCAGAACGAGGAACAAGUCCCGUUGACGUCGUCCGACAAGGUGUUGAAGAAGGAGUGCCUCCGGAAAUUCUUCCACAUCUCCGAGUACAUACCGGAUCCAUAUGCCGUGGAAGGUGUCGAGUAUUGGGGGAAUCAGCUUGAUCUGGCUACUUCGUCGCGCGUGUUUGACUGGGGAGGUUUAUAA